GGCCGGCGGCGGCGGCUGCCCCGAGGGACGGGGCCCUAGGCGGUGGCGAUGGGGGCCGUCCGGAUCGCGCCCGGCCUGGCGCUCCUGCUCUGCUGCCCGGUGCUCAGCUCCGCAUACGCGCUGGUGGAUGCAGAUGACGUCAUGACCAAAGAGGAGCAGAUCUUCCUGCUGCACCGCGCCCAGGCCCAAUGCCAGAAGCGGCUCAAAGAAGUCCUGCAGAGGCCAGCUGACAUAAUGGAAUCAGACAAAGGAUGGGCAUCUGCAUCCACAUCAGGGAAGCCUAAGAAAGAGAAGGCAUCUGAGAAGCUCUACCCAGAGUCAGAGGAGGACAACGAGGCGCCCACUGGCAGCAGGCACCGAGGGCGCCCCUGCCUGCCCGAGUGGGACCACAUCCUCUGCUGGCCGCUGGGGGCACCAGGUGAGGUGGUGGCCGUGCCCUGUCCCGACUACAUUUAUGACUUCAAUCAUAAAGGCCACGCCUACCGACGCUGUGACCGCAAUGGCAGCUGGGAACUGGUACCUGGGCACAACCGGACAUGGGCCAACUACAGCGAGUGUGUCAAGUUCCUGACCAAUGAGACGCGUGAACGGGAGGUGUUUGACCGCCUGGGCAUGAUCUACACUGUGGGCUACUCGGUGUCGCUGGCCUCCCUCACCGUGGCCGUGCUCAUCCUGGCCUACUUCAGGUGGGCGGGGCGAGAGCCCCAACCACCCCACCUCUUCACCUUGGCCCCGGCCACGGUCCUGAGUGCCCUCCUGCCCCUGGCAACAUCCUCCCCUUCCGCCCCCCUGCUCCUCAGCUCCGCCCUUGACCAGAGAGCUGGCCCUUCCUCCCCGCCGGCCCAGAGCGAUUUGUCCUAUCUCAGGGGCACCCCCAGCCCAUCCCCGACUUCCCCAGAUGCAGGCCUGCCUUCCGGCUAACACCAGCUGCUCUCCUAGGCCGGCUGCAGGGUAGCCGUGACCUUCUUCCUUUAUUUCCUGGCCACCAACUACUACUGGAUUCUGGUGGAGGGCCUGUACCUGCAUAGCCUCAUCUUCAUGGCCUUCUUCUCAGAGAAGAAGUACCUGUGGGGCUUCACGGUCUUCGGCUGGGGUCUGCCCGCUGUGUUCGUGGCUGUGUGGGUCAGCGUGAGAGCCACCCUGGCCAACACGGGGUGCUGGGACUUGAGCUCCGGGAACAAGAAGUGGAUCAUCCAGGUGCCCAUCCUGGCCUCUAUUGUGCUCAACUUCGUCCUCUUCAUCAACAUCGUCCGGGUGCUCGCCACCAAGCUGCGGGAGACCAAUGCCGGCCGGUGUGACACACGGCAGCAGUACCGGAAGCUGCUCAAAUCCACACUGGUGCUCAUGCCGCUCUUCGGCGUCCACUACAUCGUCUUCAUGGCCACGCCAUACACCGAGGUCUCAGGGACGCUCUGGCAAGUCCAGAUGCACUACGAGAUGCUCUUCAACUCCUUCCAGGGAUUUUUUGUCGCCAUCAUAUACUGUUUCUGCAAUGGCGAGGUGCAGGCCGAGAUCAAGAAAUCCUGGAGCCGCUGGACACUGGCCCUGGACUUCAAGCGGAAGGCCCGCAGCGGGAGCAGCAGUUACAGCUACGGCCCGAUGGUGUCUCACACGAGCGUGACCAACGUAGGCCCCCGCACGGGGCUCGGCCUGCCCCUCAGCCCCCGCCUGCUGCCCGCCACCACCAACGGCCACCCCCCGCUGCCGGGCCACAGCAGGCCGGGGGCCCCAGCCCCCCAGGCCACACCACCUGCCGCGCCUGCUCCUAAGGACGACGGGUUCCUCAAUGGCUCCUGCUCAGGGCUGGACGAGGAGGCGUCAGCGCCUGAGCGGCCGCCCGCCCUGCCACAGGAAGAGUGGGAGACCGUCAUGUGAUCCGGGACCCAGGCCAGGGUUGGACCCGUGGGCAUAAGGGCUGACAGACGGACCAAGAGACGGGUGGUUGGACGGUUGCCCACUCAGGGCUGGGGCUGGGAAGACAAAAGAGGAAAAAAAAGAAAAAAAAAAAAAGAAAAGGGAAAAGGAAGCAGUGUGUAGCUUCCUAUGGUCUGAGCUGGGGCUCAGGAGGGGAGAAGCAGGAGCCAUGGAGCUGUUCCUGGGGUUCACCUCUGGAGGGGCUCCAGGGGCCAGGGGCCAGUCCCUGGGGGCCGGGCACAGUGCAGCAGGAAAGACCUGGGAGAAGUAAAGAGUCGCCCAAGUUUGCUGGGGUCACACGGGGGCCCAGAGGAGCCAUGCAGGAGCUGGGCCACAGCCUCUCCCCGCCACCAGCUGCCACCUCCAAUGCUUCUGCUGAGGUCCCGGGGUGGGUGGGGGGGACCCCGGCUCCUCUCGGCCAACUCUUCACCUGUUGCCCCGUCACUGUUCACCAAGGGCCAACCGCGGAUCCCUGGGUCCCUGGCCCUGCUCCAGGCCCCUUCCUGCCUGUCUGGUGGCCAUGCUGUGUCCCUUGGGGCCUGGGGCACUCAGGGGGCUCUCCACACAGGAUCCCCAGCCCCCACCAUGGAUUUGACACGCCUCUGGCCACCAGACUGAGAGGGCAGGGAGCGUGCUGAGGCCAUCAAGUGAGACGUGGGCUGAGGUCCACGCUCGGGCUCAGGAACUGUAGGGGAGCCUGGGGUCAUCCCACAGGUCCGGCCGGGGUGAGGGCCUGCAGGACUCAGCACAUCCACCCACCGUGGAUCUGAGCCUGUCACUAAGCAUCCCUAGCCCACACCCACCUGCCACAUUAGCCACAUUACUUGCCCUUCCUGGCCUGACGCUGAGAACUGACCCAACUGCAUCCCCACCCCAAGCUCUGACCGGAACAAGCUUUCUUCUCAAGUCCGAGGACGGCCUUGCCCCCGGGCCUAUACAAACUAGUGCCCCUGCCUGGCCCCGCGUGUCCUCAUCUCCAGCGCAAACUUGUUCUUCUCCGUGGACUCAGCAUCUGGAAAGCUCCCCCCAUCUCGAACAGCACCCCCACCCCACUGGGGACUGGGUGAGGCAUCAUAGGCAGUGGGUGGCACAGAUGUACUCUGAGCAGCCUCAGGCCCAGCAGUGCCUUCCCUUCCAGAUGGCAGGUAGGGCAAAGAGUUGCCCAAAGGCCCGGUGCACCCAUGGGGCUCCACGCGGUGUGACGUGCUUGGAACGCUGAGAGAGACGUGGGCCAGGACUUGAAGGGCCACUGAGCCAGUUUAAGCAUCGAGGAUUCCUGUGAAUGCUGGGAGCUAUUGGAAACUGUACAGGGAGAGCAACCCAGGUCUGAGCCACAUUCAGAAGAGUCCCUGCUUCACUGGAGAGGCCAGAGGAGGUUACUCAGGCCUCAGGGGAGAGGUAACCUUGUGGGAGGAGGUAGCAGGCAGGAAGGACCCUGCAUGAGGCACUGGCUGGGAGAAGGAGACCCAAGUAGAACAGACCCCCAUCCCCUUCCCAGGGGUGUCUGUGUGAUGCCACAUCUUCAGGGCUCAGAGCUACGGGACCUCUGGGAACCUCAUCCCCCCCACCCCACAGGCAGUCCCUGAGGCCACUAGCUGGCUGGGCCCCAGGGCCCCAUCUUCCAACCCAGACUUCUCCUCAGGAGGCUUCUGAAGUAGAGUCCAUGAGGCCCACUCCCCCUGAAACACUCAGACUGGGUACCCCUAAGACAGGGCUGUCUUCCCCCUCAGACUAGGUGCCCCCAGGACAGAGUUGAGCCUCUCCUCUCAGACCGGAUUCCCUCUAGGACAGGGUUUAGUCACUUCCCACAGACCAGGGACCUCCAUCCCAGGACAGGACUGUGCUCACCCCUCAGAGUGGGUGCUCCCCCAGGACAGGGCCGUGCUCCUCACACAAGAUGCCACCCCCCAGACAGGAGUGUGCUCACCCCUCAGACUGGAUACGCCCCAGGACAGGGCCAGGCCUCCCCCUUUAGACUGGGAACCAUUUCUGGGAUGUCCAGGACAGAACUGGACCUUACACCAGUCCAAGGCCCUAGGCCAGGACCCUCCUCCCUUUGACCUGGAGCCCUAGGUCAGGGCCGGCCUUCCCGCUCAGAGAGGCCCCUGAGCAGCGCCUGGGCCAUCCAGGUGUUGGCAGAGGAAGUGGGAGCCCUCAAUGGGCCUGGCAGGCAGUCAGGACCUUGUUUGCUUGAGCAGGAGCUGGAGCCAGGUGGUCACUUCUCCCUUCAAGGCCUCCCAGCCCAGCCAAGCCGCAGGGAACACGUAAACACCAGCCGAGCUGAGCGCGGGCAGGCAGGGAGGAGGGCACCGAGAGACCCCAGCUCCUCAGCCUCCUUGGCCAGGGUGUCUGCCACCUCAUGGGCUGCCCUGAACUCCAAGUGGGGCCAGUAAGGCGGGCCUCAGCUCCCACCUGUCUUGGGCAUGUGAACAGGCCCUGCCCUCUCUGACCGGUCUUCCCUCAGCUCUGACUGGGAGAGGAACCUCUGAAAACCCUUGGAAGGAAUGUACCUCCCGCUGGGGGCCUCUGGAACCCAAGGACAGGCCCCAAGGCUGGGUGAGAUCAUAGAUCCCAGCUCAGAAUGGGGCCUCCAAGGGGCAAGGGGCAUCAGAUGGCUCUGUCCACCCUCAACCUGCAAGCCUUUUGAGAACAAAGAUGCAGCUGGGCCCCGCACGCCCACCCAGAGUGGGCAGGCUGUGACAGCCUCACCCUUCUGCCCUCACCCUAGGGAGGUGGGAGGGAACAGCACAGACACAGGGGAAAGGAGACUGAGUUCUCUGGAAGUUCAGAAGGGACAUGACCCUGCCCUAGGGGGUCUUAAGGGGGACACAGCCCUGCUCUGAUGAUGUGUGAGGGGCCAUGACCCUGCCCGGGGGCCUGAGAGGGUCCAGGCUCUGCCUUGGUUGUUAUAAGAGGUCUGGCCGGGGUCGGGGGAUGCGGUCCAUCAGAGGGGUCGGUCAGGAGCCGUGGGGCUUGCUGCACAACUCCUGCACAUGGACUGGGGUGGGCCCAGCUGCUUGACCCUCAUGCCUCCUCAGCCAAUUCCAGAAUGAUCCCAGCCUGAGGUUCCCAUGGCCAACGGCAACAAGCCCUGGCUGGGGCAGAAGAGCCUCCUCUUGGGCAGAGGAGGGGACUCCAGAGCCAGGCAGGGGCCUGGACCCUGGCUGGCUCCCGGGUGUGCUGUGUGAUCCUGGGCAAGCUGCCUUCCCUCUCUGAGCCUCAGCUUCUCCUCUGAGGUCAGGCCCUUGUCCAGGUCUCCUGGCCUGUGUGGGCUCAGCACACAGCAUCCCGCUCCUUAGUGGGCCCCUAGGACACAAGGCCAGGACAUCCCCAGUGACAGGUUCCCUCCUUCUUCAGUGUCACAGUCAUGCAGGCUGUGGGGGCCGAGAGGUGGUGGGUGUGGAUUCUGCGCUCCUCCCCGUCCAAGGGCUGGGGAUGGAGUAGAGGGGCCAGGGUCUGGGAGGCAGAAGAGGCAGAAGACCAGAUUCCAGCCUUUCAUUUUGGCCUCAGCUUUCCAAAUCUGUGGGUGAGGGGAAGGAAGGCGGCUGCAUUAAUUAUGCGCCUACUGUUUAGGCCCCCUUCCCCCCACCCCCAGCAGUUUUAGGGGAGAUAGAGAGGUUUCAAUUCCCCUAAAGGCUUCCGAUCACAUUUCUCAGACGGAAACACUGGGGUGGGGGCUGUGGGGAGCUCUGCAGAUGAGCAGCCCUCAUGGGGUCCUGCUGGCUUUGUUUCCCAAUGGGGAGGAGGAGGGGACAAGGCCUGGCUGGGAGGAUGGGGGGCAGGGCAGGGAAGGGCAGGCUUGUGGCCACCCCAAGCUGCCUUCCCAGAGCUCCAGGACCUGUGGCUGCAAACUCUUCAGCUCCCGAGGCCUUGCCCCUGCUCCUCGCGUUCCCCUCGGCUGGAGACCCUCUCCUGGGAACCCUCUCCCCAGCAUGUAUCAGUCAGGGGACGGCCUUGAUGUGAACCGCCCAGAGGCCACACGGGCAGGCUCUGCUCCCCCACCAAGCUCACCCACAUCAGUGAGACAAAGGGAUGUGUGUGGGGCUGCUGGGUGUGUCUAUUUGUAUUAGUGUAUGUAUACUGGUGUCUAUUUAUUUGUAUUUAUGUAUGUAUAUGUGUGUGUCUGUUCAUAUAUGUGGCUGUUGUGUCCGUCUGACUGUGUCAGUCAGUGGAUCUACCCGAUCACGUACCUGUGUCUGUGUGUACGUGUAUAUGGACGUGGAUGUCCAUUUGCACGUGUCUACCUGUGUGACUGUAUUGUGUAUCAGUGUGCCUGUUUGUAUUUGUUUGCAUGUGUGUCUGUAUACGUGUGUGUCUAUUUGUGUGUGUGUGUGUGUGUCUAUGUGGACCUGUGGUCUGAGAACGCCGCCUGUGGGUGGAAUUUGGCCCGGGGACGUGUUUGGUUUGGCCCUCACAGUAUUUUCAACAUCUUGAGCCAACAUUUAAAAAUCAGGAUAUUUCACAUAAAAACUCAGCUUUCCAGUUUCUCUUAAAAAUUCAGAAGCCCUGGCAGCCCUGGCCCGUGUUCCCAUGAGGCUACUCUCCUCCAGAGCUCACGGGGGCUGCCCAGCCGCCUGCCCCCUCACCGCUCGUCUCGCCUACCAGCGCCUUGAGGAUGACUGAGUUUGUGACCCCGGAGUGUGUGGUCACAACUGCGUGUAAGCCGAGCUGUCAGGGAGCGUGGGCACCAACUGAGUCUGCGCUGGGGGGUGCGUACUUGUGAUCGCACGUGCGUGCACAAGGCACAUCUGAGUGCAGGGGAGACAUGUGGGGGCCUGCACGCGCAGGGGUGGGUGGGAGGCACUGUGCGUGCAGGGGUGUGCGUGUGAGAGUGCGUGCGGGCACA